UUGCCAACUGAGAGAUAGAAGCCUCUGUGAUGACCUUGUUUUUUACCAAGACAAGAUUUGGAAUCUCUUGGUAUAUUCCAGAUGUUCUUUUAAGGGACAUUGUUCUGUUCUCCGUAGGUGAAAAGGGCUCUGCUGGGAUACCUGGAAAAGCUGGACCAAAGGGAGACAAAGGAGACAAAGGAGACAAUGGGGAACCCUGCCACUCAGAAGGGUGUCAGCGGGAAGAGGGAAGAGCCAGAAACUGCAAGGAGCUCCAUGAACAAGGAGAGACUCUCACUGGCUGGUACACCAUCUAUCCAAUCCCAGGAAAAGUGAUUGUCAUGCCCCUG